AUGAAACUCACAGAAGCACUCGGGAUAGUGCAUCAGAUGGGAUUCACAAUGUUUCUAGGUUUUCCUGUGGUUUGUAAAGCGAUUUGGGCGACGCCAUCGUUGCUUUUCCGCCCCCGCGAGCUCUCGCGCAUCAGCAUGAACGCUCUCUGGAUGCUCUUCGGAGAAGGCAGUGACCAAGGCUCUAGGGAUGACAAGAUCAAGCUCAUCCGAGCUAAUUCCUAUGGGACUGUGCUUGACAUCGGAGCUGGACCAGGCCACGGCCACACCAUUCCGUACUUGGACAAGAUGCAGGUUGUGAGGUAUAUCGCCGUAGAGCCCAAUACGCACAUGCACGCGCAAAUCAGGGUGCGCGCUUAUCAGGCAGGCUUCACAGAGGAAGCAGGCACUCUGAUUAUCCUCGGGUGCGGAGCGGAAGACAUUGCGACAAUUCUCUCCGCUGCGGGGGGUCCUGUGGACACCCUGAUCUCUAUUCUCACGCUCUGCACUGUGCCCAGCCCUCAGAAUACGAUCCGGGAGCUUGUUUCCCAUGUUCUUGCCCCGGGAGGAACUUUUCUGUUCCUCGAACAUGUCCUGAGCCACAGGCAAGAUGUCGCUUGGUGGCAGGCAUUUUGGACACCCAUUUGGAAAUACGCAUGUGAUGGAUGUCGCCUGGAUCGUCCGACUCAUCUCUGGAUCGAGGAUCUGAAAAAUGAUGACGGAGAAACGGUGUGGGAGGGGGGAGGAUCGCGCUGGAAUGCAACCGGGUGGCCUGAGGAGCAUCUUUUCUGGCGCCAGCUCGGCCGCUAUAUCAAAGCGUAG